CAUCGAAAAGGAAACAGCUGCAGGUCGACGCAUGCUCAGUAACAAUGUUUUGAUUCCUUCAGGAAAUGGAGUACGAGAGUUCUCUUGGACUUGUGAAUUUUAGCACUUUUACAUAUGAAAGUGGUCCCCUGGAAUUUGAGGAUUUUCCAAUAACAAAAGGCCCUGCCUACAUACUUGGACAGAAGUACAAUACCCGUGAAGAAAGAGAUGAUUUGAAACAUGAUAUCAAGUCUAGACUCUGGAUAACUUACAGGAGAGGCUUCCCAAAUAUAGGAGGCACUGGUCCAUCAUCUGAUCAAGGCUGGGGUUGUAUGCUGCGAUGUGGACAGAUGAUGUUGGCACAUACGUUGAUACUUCGACAUCUUGGACGAGGUUGGAGGUGGAAGCCUUAUGAUGUCCAAGAUGACAAGUACUGGAAAAUAUUGAAAAUGUUUGAAGAUAAGAAGUGUGCCAUCUAUUCCAUUCAUCAGAUAGCUUCUAUGGGGGAAGCUGAAGGGAAAGCCAUUGGUCAGUGGUUUGGACCCAACACAAUAGCUCAAGUGUUAAAACGUAUAUCUGUGUAUGACAACUGGAGUGACCUGGCCAUUCAUGUAGCUUUAGAUAAUGUUGUAAUAUUAGAUGAAAUACGUUCUUUAUGCAAGACCUCAGCCAAGCCUAGCACAUCUCAGCAGCCCAGUGAGGAGGGUUUAGACUUAGGAAACAAUAUUCACUUCUCUGACUUUGUCAACGCUGACCCCAGUCAUAAAGCUGGUCCACCCAAGCCAGGUCCAGUCGUCGCCUGGAAACCUUUAUUGUUGAUCAUUCCUCUGCGCCUUGGAUUGACUGACAUUAAUCCAAUCUAUUUUGAGUCUUUAAAAAAAUGUUUCACUCUUCGUCAAUCUGUUGGUAUCAUUGGAGGCAAACCUAAUCAUGCUCACUGGUUUAUUGGCUACGCAGACGAUGAACUUUACUACCUUGACCCUCACACAAACCAGAAUGUUGUCGAUCUGGAGGAUAGGGAACGUCAGGCAGUGGAUGUCAGUUACCAUUGUAGCACCCCUCCCUCUAGGAUGAUUUUCUCUAAACUUGAUCCAUCUAUUGCCCUGGGGUUCUACUGCAAGGAUGAAGAAGACUUUAACAAUUGGUGUCAAGUUUUUAGUAGUCCAGUUCAAGGUUUUCGACCAAUGUUUGAGCUGCGUAAAGAGGCACCUACGGCUUGGUCUUAUGAGGAGGUGGUGGCUCCAGUGAAAAAAGCCAAAAAGCCCCCACAGACAACACCUUUUUCAGACCUUUUCUGUGAUGAGGUCUCUUCAACUGGAAGUAAUAAUGAUGAGGAAGAGUUUGAGUUUCUAUGACCUACUGACCUGAACGUACCCACCGAGCUUUCAUCUGUCAAUGUCACAGCAGUGUGCCUGUAGGAAAAUAUGACAGACCUUUGCAACUUUUUUUAUUUUGAUUUCUUGAUUUGUCCAGACCUGGGUUUAAUAUUUGACCAAAAAUAGAAUGAAACUUGCUCUAUGUGUUUGUGUCUUGUACAGUUUUAAGGCUUUUGGAAGUGAGAAUGAAUCAUUCAGAACAAGCAUUUACUGAAGUCAUAAAUUGCGUAUGUCCUAUUACACAGGGUGGCCCAAAAGUAGGUUUACAGUUAUCACGCAGACUAAUUGAAAAUUUGACACUAGAACAGAGGGGAAUUUGGUUAGACCUGUUAAGAUAUAUAUAAACAAAUGAAUCUCUCAGAUGCUGAAAAUGUCCUCCUUCAUCAUUGCAACAUACUUCCAAUCUCUCUAGACUUUGGCACUCAGGGCGGCACUGUAAACCUACUCUUGGGCCACCCUGUAUGUGUAUCAAGUGGUGCUCUAUGUGAUAGCGUGUAGUGUGUGUGUGUGGAGGUAGGUUAUGAGAUGUGUAUAAAAUGAGACCUAUGUGAUAAUGUGUCCAGGCUUUGAGGGAAGGAUUGUGUGGCUAAAUGUUUUUACUUUGUUCAUUCUGCUUCUGUUUUGAUGAUCAACAGACUAUAAUAAUAUCUGUGCAAUAAAUCAGUGGCCUAUACUGGUUGGACUUUGAUGCUGAUAAGUCUUGUCUAAGCAAUAGUCCUAAGGUCACUGGCAUUUUAGGGUAAUUUGAUUCUGACCAUAAAGACAUGUCAGAUCAUUUACCGAAACAUAUACAGUACAAUGAUGACAUGAUCCUCAACUGCCAUAAUAUAAACCAAGUCUUUAUUAGUAAAAUUAUUAGAACCUAAGAAUUUUUUUAUAUUUAUUUAUUGCUGCAGUGGUUCUUAUCUGGUGAUGGUCAGAUGCAUAGCAACCAAGGCACUAAUAGGUUCAUUGCACCCAGAACUAUAACUAAUGUGGACCCACAGGGACUAUUGAAAUAGAGACUUGUUUCUUUAAAUAAAGAUGUAGAAGCUUUGAGAUUUUAUAAGAACACUUUGAAGAUUUAAUUUAUGAAAUAUAAUGAUGCAUAUAAGAUAUUGUGUUUUUUUUUGUCAUCUCAACCUUAUAGUUUCUUGGAAAGGGGCACUAUUCUUGAACACAGGCCUAUUGGUACUUGCUACUGUGGGUGAUUUAUUUUAACAACAUAGACUUCGCUUGUAGUUUUUGAAAAACAUUGCAAGCAUUAUGUUGUUGACUAUAAAUGCCACCAGUUUAGAAUCAUUAAAUUGUUAAUAUAUUUUGUGUAACUUUUUUUUUUCUUACUUGAUGGAGAUUUAGCCAGUUUGGACAAGUUGAUUCCAAUACCUUGUCAAUAAUAGUGCUAGAAAAUAAAAUUUCAUCACAAUUUUUAAAUCCUAAGGAAAUUUAUAUAUAUAUUGGCAAACAUUUUUUUUUCAUACCAAUGUUUUCGGUGUUGAGUUGUUCAGUACCCCUUUACCCCACAAUAACAAAAAGGGAUGCAUCCUUUAAGGGUUUAAACAAUUAUAAAUUUAGAACCAAAAUCAAAAGUGCAAUUGUUUUUUUUUUUACUUCUAAACACUUCCCUGUCCCAUUCUUAAAUUUACUUCUAUUUAACUGAGGAAAAAAAGAAACUGCUUCUGAAUAAAAAUUGAGACUAGUGUUACAGUUCAGCUGAAACACUAACUAUAGGGUCGGAGUUAUUUCACUUUGUUAAAAUUUGAACUUCUAUCUUGAAGUUGAUAAAUUUUGUGUGUGAUUAGUUACAUAUUGUACAAAAACAAAAUGUUAACCUUUGUUGAACUCUUUUUGCCAUUUUGUAUCAAUUUAUGUCUUGGAAAGUUGGCACCUAGCUAGCCUGAAAGUUAAGACUAAUAGAAUUUAUACAAGUAACACAUGUGCUUUUGUACAUUUAUGUGACUAGCUGGUGUUACUUGUCUUGUGUGAUUGAUAGUGGGAACAAUACUCAUAGCAUGAAUGUGGAAUGGUUGCUUGAAGUGUGGAUGCGUAUUAGAUGUUCUUUUGUGUCUAAGAUAUAAUAAAAGAUACUAAAACAA